CGCAUGAAAUCAAUGGUGAUAUGAUCGGCGGAAUCAGUCGUCGAAACUGGGCCUUGCGCCUCUCGCUGGUCCUGAACGUUUGCGUCUUCCUCUACGUUUGUGCACAUUUUGGAUCAUCAUCGGGACCCUGGGUCGAAGAGUCCCCCAGUUUGGGUGCGUCCCAGGUUCAGGCCGAAUCGGUAUUCGGAAAUGGAGCCGCCACUGAUCACAGGAUCAACAGGACAAAAAUUGCCUCAUCUUCCUCGUCUUCCGUCGCCUCCGAUUCCUCGUCUUCUUCGACAACUUCUAAAACUAAGCAGGCGAAAAUAAUCGCAAACAAGCCGUCUAAUUUAGAGAAAGCUGCGAGCUUGAAGGACCCGAAAAAGCCCUCGGAGAAAAAGAAUGAGACUUUGAAAGAAGGGAAUGUUAUGAAAGUUGGCGAAGCUCUGAAGAAUCAACAGAAUAAAACGGUUCAAUUGAUUCCUCGAUCUACAUUAAAGCUUCAGGAUGCGAUUCCCUGCCAUGAGAAAUCAGUGGAGCCCAGAAAAGCUCAACGGGGUGAUUAUUGGGUGCUUUAUAAUUACGUACCAAUGAGUAUGUACGUGCAUUGCUGGGAAAGCAUCACUUAUACGACGCACGCUGAUUACACUUUCCUUGAUAAUCUGGAACCCUUGCUUGAUCGAUGGAGAGCACCGAUAUCGAUCGCCCUUCACGCACCCGGUACCGACUUUCCACCAACUCUGGAGGCAAUUAAAUACGCAAGAAAUUGUGGCAGCCCUUUGAUCGCCCAGUUGGUUACCUUCCACAUCUACUUCAGCAGCAAGCAUGUACCCAAAUCGAUUCCCUCAAGCGACAAGAUCAUGUCACAACGAUACAACUGUUCUUUACCACCACCGUGGGUUAACGUGUCGGUUUCCAAAAUGUACAAAAGCCAAAGGAAACUUUUAUAUCCAGUAAAUUUGGGUCGAAAUGUCGCUCGGGAAUCGGCGCCAACACGUUACGUGCUUGCAAGCGAUAUCGAACUUUAUCCCAGCCCAAAUCUGCCUGCCAAAUUUUUGGAAAUGAUUCGAAGAAAGGACCAAGCCGUCCUCUUCAGACCGAAUCCUAAAGUCUUUGUACUUUCUAUUUUCGAGGUGGCGGAAAAAAGCCAACCCCCUGUUAACAAAACGAGACUGAUGCAAAUGCUAAAGGCUGGAACGGCGAUACCGUUCCAUAAAAAAUUAUGCGCAGGAUGCCAUAACGUACCCAGAAGUAAAGAAUGGCAAGAAGCACCAGAGACAGAAGGCUUACACGUAUUCCAUAUAGGAAAAAGAAUCGGUGCUUUCAUUCACUGGGAACCAAUUUUCAUUGGCACCAAUGAUGAUCCUUUUUAUGACGAAAGACUAAGCUGGGAGGGAAAAAGCGAUAAAAUGACACAGGGUUAUGCCCUGUGCGUGUUAGACUACGACUUUUUAAUUUUGGACAACGCUUUUCUGGUGCAUCGGCCCGGGAUUAAAAUCUACAAAAAGGAUGCUCAUCGGGACAUGCUAACAGCUAAGACAAACGCGUUGAUCAGAAAGAUCAUCGUACCAGAACUGAAGGUGUUAUACGGUACGCGAAAAGGCUGUGCUGUUUGAACAUUUUACUAAUCCAGCGAUCGACCUCUAACCUGGACAAAGUACCAAAGAAGAGUACUUUUCUCCAGAGUAAAAAAGAAUAUUUAAAAUUGUAACACCUUACAAAUUUUCUGCCCUUAAAUGCAGCCAAAGUUUGUCUGAAUUUAAGAAAAUCAGUAUCUGAAUUUCAAAAUUUAACCAGUUCUCAAAUUUAGAUAAACUUUACGAAUGAUGCGGUUACACGAUUACUUAAACUUAGCCGAAUAACAAAAGUAACCUUUCGUCAACUCUAGUCAAGUAUUCACCUUUGGUACUUCUGAGUUCGGUACAAGGGUGAAUGUUUAUGCAGGCAUUCGAAAAAAAAUUCAUGCAAGUGAAUUUUUUACUUGCAUGUGUACAAUAAUUGUAAAAGCACGUUAAGUGUAACUUGCUCUAAGGAAAGUGUACAGUAUAUUUUAAAAUUAAUCUCAAGUUUUGAAUUGAAAAAAGUUCUUGUUACUUAAAAUUAGUCCGUCGUAAAAUUCACUCUGACGAGGUUGUUACUGAACAAAUACUGUAGAUAUAAAGUACUAGAGUGCCGUGCGCUGUUGGGUUUGUAAAAUACCUCCAAGCACCUUGGAUGCAUUUUCCAGUUUUCUCCAACUUCUUUAACGAAUAUGAGGGGAAAAAGUAGUCCUAUGAAUUUAUACGAUCGGCUGUGAUUCGAUUGCAUCAAUACCUCCUCAGCGUUUAAAACAAAAAGUGGGCCAAACUUUCCUAUUGUCUGUGAGGCGAAUAGAAACGAUUAAACAAAUUAUUUCCAAAGCUCUCACUUUCCCCGAACAAAUGAAUUCUUUCAUUGAAUAUUUUUUCUCUAAAAUAUUUUUAACUUCUGAGAGCUAAAUUAGGAUAAUUUUAUUUGAGAAACUUAAUGACAAAGAGUUCCUUAUAUCUGACUCAUAUUAAAAUAGCUAAAUAAAAAAUGUCUGCUCAAAUGUUUUUUGCCAAGCAAAUAAACUCUCGAUUUUGUAGAUAGGCCAAAUCUAGCAAGAAUCUUGCCCAAGAUAGAAAAUUGUAGGCUAAGCUAGUAUUUAGAAAAAAACAAGGAAUGAAUAGACACGAAAAUGAAAAAAAAAAAUCCCUUGCAAAAUGAAAUUGUAAGUGCGCAUCACAAAAUGCAACGCCGUCAUUCGAUUCGUAGGUAAUGUACGAUUUUCGAAGUUAAAAACUACUCGACUUUCAUCGCGCAUUCCUGCAUUACCGCUUUUCUCUACUGUUAUCUCUUAAUUUAUAACGGGCUGUGCAAUUGCUUGCGAACAAUGUAACGCACGUAAUGAAUGCGAUACAAUCCGUAAAUGAUUAAAAAUAUGUAUUUGUGUGUGAAAAUACAUAAAUUCAGUGCCUUACUGACUCAACUGCUUUGCGCAGAGAUGAGAAAAUUCUCUUCGAGCAUUUUAGAAUGAAAGUUUAGAGUUAGGAAGCCCCUAGAAAUUUGACGUACCUGGUGAUGAGAUUUUUCUUUAAAACCUGCUGCCAAUUUGCGAAUUUUAAGUUUUUUCAAAUUUGAAAGCUCAUUUCCUAACAUUACAUAAUUUUGGCGACUGGAUUUUUUUAUCGCGCUGACAGACAGACAGAAAUAAAUACAUACAGACAGGCCGACAGACACAUUAGUAAAAACUUUUUUUCGGAUUCAGGGGGCCUCAAAAUG